CUGGCCACCAAACUCCACUAAUCACAUAAUUGUAGUUCAUUCAUAUUCUCUUCCCUUCUUUCUUUUUUCUUUCUCAUAAACAAAAAUAAAUAUUAAACCUUCAAAGCCAAUGAGUUCCUUAAGCAAAGCUCCAACUAAUAAUUCAACUGAAGAAAGUGGCUGGACUACAUAUUUUGACGAUUUCUUCAACAACAAUGAUGAUGAUAAUCUUAACAACAUCGACCACAAGUGUUCUAACUCUUUGUCUUUAUCUACCUCUUCUUCUCUUCUCUCAGAUGCAACUUCUUUGAUUGACAAAAAUGUAUUAUCUAACAAAAAUGUUGAGAAGGAGCUUUCUUUGAAUAAAAUUGGUGAAAUGGGUUCAAGUUUCAAAAAGAGAAAGAAUAUUGUUGAUCAAGCUUUGGAAGAUACCGCAACUUCUCCUCUCAAUACUCCCAAGGAGAAGAGAAAGGCAAUAGUUGAGGACAAAAAGAAUUGAGUUAAAAUGAGAAGGAUAGUGACUGCAUAGAAGUAAAGAAGAGAGGUCUUAAUUUGUAUAGUUCAUUUGUGAAUAUAUGGUAGCAAAUCAUCUAACUAGGUUGAGUAGCUUUUUUGUUAAACGUAUAUAUACAAUUUCCAAAAGGAUCCAAUUCUAGACAUUUUAGUCCCAUGAGUAUCUGUAGCCCCA